AAAGCUGGGGGUUCUGCGGUGCGGCCGAACCGGGUCCGCGGGGCACCGAGACGCAGAACUCUGCGGGUUCUCCCCCUGAGGCGGACCAGCCUGCGGUCCUCCCGGAAAUCCCCUGACUUGGACAAAGGCAGGAAGAAAAACCCCGUGCUUUUUGUGCAGCUGCGUCAACUUUGCCUUUCUGCGUACAACAUAAGCAGUACACAUCAUUGCUGUAACCAGCAAACAGGAAUCAUAAUACGCAAAACAUCUUCUCUAGAAAGAAAGAUAACUCUCAUUUUGGAUGAUCAUCGUCACAGUCCAAGAGACUGAUUUUUGUGAAAAAAGAUUUUACCAUUUUUUAUGUCUGUAAGAGACAAAAAGGACUCACAGAACAAGCCAUUGGAAACAGAAGCUUAUACAGCUUGACAUUUCUUGGGCUUUUAUUAAUGAACAUCCCCAUGCAAACUGUAUUUUUCAUUUUAUAACUUUAUCAGAUACAGUGAGCUAAUUGUGAGGUAAUUUUGUUUUGUGAUGGCACUCCUUUCUCAAACUAGUCAGCAGGGUUUUCAGGCUUUGCUAUGGAAAUGUCACAUGUUCUGGCCUGUUUCAAGAUGUCAGCAGCUGUUUGCUGCCUCUUUCAGCAUCCCUAAUAGGGAAAAAAUUAACUAUUUCAGUUUUAUGACAUCUUCCAGCACUGCAUUACCUGUGGACCCCAAAGAAACUGAUGUUUUACCUACCAAGAAAAGGUCUGAAAUUGAUUGCAAAGAAGGAAAAGGAUGGGAUGAGGAGACUAAAGAAAUACCUGAAGGGAAAUUCCACUUUUCUUCCUCUGUUGGAGCUGCAAAGAAAUGGUCAAUGAGUCAUGGUCUGUCAAGGCAUAAGUUUAGCAAUGUACAACCUCCAGAAAAACCUUUACAGGCUGAGGAAUGGAACAAACUAAAGGAAGAUUUCCGAUUACCUGAAAUAUUUGAGGAGGUGAUGCUGAACAGUAUGAUCAGGUGCAACAGCCCCAUUGAUGUGGCCAAGUCCUUGCUGACCCACGUGGCAAAGCGUAAUGGUGACAUUGCAUACAAUGUGUUGGUCAAAUACCUGACACUCUGUGUCCAACAGGGACAGGUUUCAGAAAUCUGUGACGUGUAUGACAUAAUGAAAGCCAGGUUUAAGAUUUUAGAAAGUGGGGCUUACAACCUUCUAGUCAAGGGGUUGAGCAAUUCAGAUCAAUGGAGAAUGGCCUUGACUCUUUUGGAAGAAGUGAAAAAGAUUAUGAUUCCAUCACGGACGUGCUACGAGUCUUGUAUCAAAGCAGCCAGCCGUCACCAAGAAAUGAAACUCGCCUUUGAACUGUACAAUGAAAUGUUGGCUAAAGAUGUGGUCCCAACCUUGGAUGUCCUGCAGUCGUUUUUUGACUACAGCAGGGGUAUGAAAAGUGCUGAGUUACAAAAAGAGCUCUUUGGUAUCCUCUUAUAUUUGAGAGAGAACCAAAUAUACCCUCACAAAACAUUUAUGCGGAGUAUAAAGCUAUGGUUUGAAAGUGUACCAGGAGGGAACUGGAGAGGACACCUGACCAGCAUUAAAGACAGUGGACAAUGCCCAGUUUGCAAGCAUCAGCUGGAGGACAGUAACCUCAGUGAAGAGGAGUACAGUAAUCUCAGUGAGAGAAUAAUAAGGGAUGUGAUACAUGGAACUGACACUUUUAGAAAAACAAGUCCAAAGGAAUUUGAGGCCUUUCAAGCAUUUGUGGAAGAUCGACUUCCGUUUGAUAUUGUUAUUGAUGGACUCAAUGUUUCCCACAUAAAAUCCAGAAGGAUGCAGUGUGAAAAUCUGUUUGAUGCUGUCAACUGCCUGGCAAAAGAGAAUGCCCGGUUGCUUGUGCUGGGCCGCAAACAUAUGCUGAUGAACUCUUCAAAUUGGAAAAGAGAAAUUAUGAAGGAGAUGCAGAAUAAGGCAGACUUCUUCUUUGCUGAAAAUAUCUCUGAAGAUGAUGCCUUCUUGUUAUAUGCCACUCUCCGAUCAGGCAAGCAUUGCAGGUUUGUUACUAGAGACUUCCUGCGGGAUCACAAGGCUUGUCUCUCCGACAGUCUGACACGUCAUCUGUUCCGUAAGUGGCAGCGUGGCCACCAGAUAGUGUUCUCUUCUGCAGAAGGAAGGAGUAUAAAUUUUUUGCCUGCUUUACAUUAUGACUGUGUGGUACAGACUACAGGUGAUACAUGGCAUAUUCCCUAUAAAGACGUUUAUGAGGAAAAAUAUUCAUAUCAAGUACCAAGAAAAUGGCUCUGCAUUCAACAGAAAUUAUGAAGAAUGUAACUGGACAAGCUGAAGCUGCCUUUCUUGUAAUCACUGUUGCUGGCUAGGAGAGCUCAGCAGGACAAUUAUGGGAUUAAUGUGUGAGGUGUGUAACUGAAGAAAACUGAGUGACUGCUUUUGCCAAAAUCAUUCCUGCAUACAUCUCUUAACAUCACUGGUGGUCCAGUGAAGGUGAAUUAGGUCCAUUAUUUCCAUUUUUACUGGCAGUUUCCGUAAUUUGAAUUAAACCUUGAUUUUUCCUGUUGGAAUUAUUGUUUAGGCAUUUUUAUCUUUUAUUUUUUCUCAAGCUUUUCAUCUACACUGAAAUGUAUAAACUCUGUACAUUGAAGAAAUUAAGCAAGACUUGCAAAGUACCUUCAGAGUUUGUGGUGCUGACCUUGUGCAAGAGUGUUGCACAAUGUCUGCCUCUAUUCAGUGGAGCUAAGGGGGACAGAUGGUACAUUUACCAUUUGCCAGACACACACAGAACUAAGACUUCCUCACUGUAAUUAGAAUUUGUUUGAUCUCAUAGAAUGCAAGAGAUUGGUUAGAAGAACACAUAGCAAUCAUUUGUUUGGAAGAAUAAGGAAAUAACCAGUGGAAUGUUUUGUGGCUCUUUCACACUCCUAAAUUUGCCCUUUCUGACAGUAUUUGGCAUCACUACAAUAGUUUGCUGAUGGAAGUGCAUGGACUUUUUAAAUGAAAAGGAUAGACAGAAAUUCUUAAAGACAAUAAUAGGACAAAAUUGAUUCUUGUACAUUUCUAUAAAAUCUAUCUGGAGUUAUAAAGCAAAAAAAAACCUGUAUUAAUUACAGAAGAAGUGUUUUAAGUUA